UUCAUAGCACAAGCACCUCCGUUGCGAGUAUCGAAGAUCGUUUGCGCUCUCAUUGCAAAUUCAGCGCGGUGUCGUGUAUUGCAGUUACAGUUGCAGCACAAAAUAUAUUUGGAGGUUAUGUUGAAGCAGUAAAAACUCGUAGCAAAUAAAAGUGGUUGCACAUUCAAGCAUCUGUGGCGGUCUCUACUGCAAUUUAUUUAAGGUUUCUCUGGCAUCGCACAAACAAAACAAAGGAUGUCAACAUUUGCGAACAUGAUCAUAGAAAACAGCUGACAAGAGAAGGGAAAGAAAAAUACAAAAUAGACGUACAUUUAUUAAAAUUUUACAAAAUUUCUUAUUCAAUUUAAUAAGCAAUGUUUCGACCAGAAAACAUGCGUUGUAGUGUUACAGUAUUAGGCAUUUUAUGCUUAUCCCUAACUGUUUCGUUUGCUAUGGGAGAUAUAACUCAACAAAAUACCAGCAAUCCACCUAAGGUUGAUAACAACAAUGUUCCUGCUGUCAAAGGUUCAUUGAGUAGCACUUUAGCACCAAACAUAUUAAAUUCCUUAGUGCAAGCCACAAAUUCAACACCUAAAUGUGUGUGUGAUGGAGCUUUGCUACCGCGUCUAAAUGAAAAUGGUAAAGUGCUGGAAAUCUGCCCGGAAUGUAAAUGCCAGCAUGAAGCAAGGAACACAACGCUAAUUAAGGUCGUUGUCAUAAUCGUAAUUUGGAUUAUAUCCAUACUUGUAAUAUAUAUGCUGUUUCUUAUUUGCUUGGAUCCACUACUCAACAAGCGUGUUAAGGCGAAUUAUCAGGAGCACACAAACGAAGAUGAUGAAGCAAGCGGUACUUCCCCUCCAUUGCCGUCCGGCAUAGCAAAUCAAGAAAUGAAUUCUCGCGCAAAUGUAUUGAAUCGUGUUGGUCAUCAAACGGAUAAAUGGAAGCGACAAGUGCGCGAACAACGUCGUCACAUCUAUGAUCGACGCACAAUGUUGAAUUAAAUUCGUAGCUUAUGUAGGGAGAAUUCGCGUUUAUUUUCUUUAAUAUUUUUGAAUAUAUUAAUUUUAUUAAAAAAAAAAACAAAAAAGUUUAUAACGUAAUCAAAUGUAUCUUAUAACUGCAUAUUUACAUAUACAUACAUAUAUGUGUCGCCACUAUCUGCAGCUAUCCAACCUUUUUUAAUUAAUGUGGCGACGAUCUCAUACGAGAAAGUACUUGUUUCAAUAUAUUAUUUCUUUUUCUUUCGACUAAGUAAGUUUUGUAGAAAUUAAUGUAUUAGAAGUAAUCACUUUUAAAUAUCGCAUAUGCCUGCAUACUUACGAUUAUUCAUACGAAAUAAUACAUAAAUGUAUAGAAUUAAAGGAUUUUAGCGAAAAUAUAUGUAACAAUAUAUUUAUUAUUGGAACCAAAACAGAAACAAGAACAGGGAUUAGUCCGCAGAGGUUGGAAAUGUGA